AGUGUCUUCAUUUCUUUUAAUUAGAAGUCUAGAUGCAGAGCUACCUCUGAAUCCCUUCCAACUCUAGCGAAACCAUGAACUCCGCCGCCGCUUCCUCUCCGCCUGCUGAUUCCGACGAUGUGGUCUUUGAAUUGCCCGGAUCAAUCCGCCUGUACCGGAGUGGCCGCGUGGAGCGCCUUUACCCUGACGAUCUCGUUCCCCCGUCCCACGAUCCAACAACCGGCGUCCAAUCCAAAGACAUCACCAUCAAUCCGAUCACCGGCCUCUCCGCCCGCCUCUACCUCCCGCCCUCCGCUACCUCCAUCCCCAAAAAGCUCCCUGUCCUCCUCACCAUCCACGGUGGCGGCUUCUGCCUUAUCCGCUCCUCGUCCUCCAUCUACCACAACUACAUAAAUUCCCUCACCGCCAAAGCCGGCAUCCUCUCCGUCUCCGUAGACUACCGCCUCGCGCCUGAGAACCCUCUGCCCGCCGCCUACGACGACUGCUGGGAGGCGCUGGAAUGGGUUUUCGCCGCCGACGACCCUUGGAUUUCCAAAUUUGGGGAUUUGGAGAGCGUUUUCAUAGCCGGAGAAAGCGCGGGGGGAAACAUAGCGCACAACGUGGGAAUGAGGGUUGGGAGAGAGGGGAAGAAGGUGGAAGGGCUGGUGUUGGUGCACACUUACUUUUGGGGGAAGGACAGGAUUGGAAACGAAGGGUUAGAAACAGGGAAGGGGGAAAGCCGGAAGGCGGAGAAUGCCAAUGCCCUGUGGCUGACUGUGUGUCCGGAGACGACGGGGCUUGAUGACCCGCGGAUCAAUCCGGUGGCAGUGGGUGCGCCGAGCCUGGCGACGUUGGGGUGCCGGAGAGUGCUGGUGUGCGUUGCGGAGCUGGAUAUGUUGAGGGAGAGGGGGAGGGUUUACUACGAGAAGUUGAAGGAGAGCGGGUGGGAAGGGGAGGCGGAGUUUCUGGAGUCGGAAGGGGAGGAUCAUUGCUUCUUCUUUAUGAAACCUGGGAGCUUGAAGGCGGAGGAGUUCAUGAAGCGGAUGGUCAGCUUCCUCAACAAGUCUUGAUUCUACUAUAUUUUCUGCUAUUAUAAUAAUGAUUAAGCGUCUGAGUAAUUUGUGUUGGGUCUUGUUCGACAUUUUCAUAAUCUUUAAGAUCGUAUGAAUGCAAUUGCGAGUUAA